AUGAGCACGGUUUCGUUGACUCAAAAACCUAGCUCCACAUCAACGGCUGAUACGAGUGCCACCACUCCGUACGAUUCUCCACCAUUGAAUGCUCGGAACAAGCGUGGACAUCAACCCAGCACCAGUAUGGAGCAAGGAGGUAUCGUAGAGUCUCUGUAUACUAACACCAACAACGAAGAUGAAAAUGAUGAUGUAGAUUUGUUGGAAGAAAAUAUAAAACGUAAUACCGGAAGAAAUAGCUCGGUAAAGAGAAAGAAAAAUCGGCUAGAUUCGGAAACAAAAAAGAGAAAAACACAAACAGUGGAGGAGCAUCACGAUAGUGAUGAUACUAGCAGUGAGCAUCAUGAACAGUUUGAAAGAGGAUGUGCUAACAAUGAAACGAGUCAAAGUGAGCUGGAUCACACUGAAAACAUUACAUCCCGUACUACAACGAGUUCAAGAAGUUUAAAAGCUCACAAACUUUUCAAGAAAACAUCUCCCAAAAGUAACACAGACUCUCUCAAACUCAUACAUUUAGCACUACCAGUCUAUAACAACAAUCAUGGUAACGACAAAACAAAAUCAUUCUCACCAUUUCCUCAAAAUUUCGAAGCAACAACAACAAGCCAUACCAAUGAUAUGGUUGUAGCUGAACCUAAGCAUUCUGUAGAGGAUACAUCCUCUUCAAGAAAAAUGAUUAUCAUUUCAAUAAUUUUUAUUUUCGUAGCCCUUGUGUAUAUUAUACUUAAGCACAAUGAAUUGUACACUCAAAUAGAAUCCAUGAGCAACAAGACAUCUCUAUUGCCAGAAGAUCAAAAAAAAGUUUUUCAAGAUUUUCUUCAAAACCAAAUUUCAUACUCUCAAAAGCAACUAUUAGAAUCCGUAAACAUCAAAUUAUCAGACUUAGAAAAGAGAGUUAACAUUGAAUUUGAGAAGAAUAUGAAUAAUAAUAUUCUUUCUGUUAAGAUAAAGAACCAAAAGGAUAUGGACAACAUGAAAGAUCUAAUAUUGGACAAAGUAUUUUCAGAAAUCGAAAAAGUCUUAGACAAACGACUGGGACAAAUAACAGAGAGCCAUAGAGAAGAGAUGGUUAAAAUUAAGGACGAAAUGGACAACAUUAUUCCUUCGAUGAAAUCUUUGAUUGACGAUUCACUUUCUAAAUACGCUGCAGACAAGAUUGGGCUUGCUGAUUACGCUUUGAGCUCGUUGGGAAGCAAAGUAGUAGAACACUCUCCGACUUACAACCCCACAGCUGGAUUUUGGCCUCUAUUUUCUUCUAUCAAACGACCUGAUAUUAUUUUGACAAGCGAUACAACCAUUGGGAAUUGUUGGCCCAUGAAAGGAGGUUCUGGUUUCGUCGUUAUUGAACUAGCUAGCCCGAUAAUACCCACCGCGUUUUCCAUUGACCAUGUUCCACGAUCGCUGACUCCUAAUUUCUCGUCAGCUCCCAGACAAUUUACAGUAUUUGCAUAUGAAAACAGCACUUCUCUUGUAAAGAUACACACCUUCGAGUAUGACAUUAAGGGACCAGCUACACAAACCUUCUAUGUUGAAGAGAAAGCUACGAGAAAAUAUCAGAGAUUUAGAUUCCAAAUAAGCUCUAACUAUGGAAAUCAUCUCUAUACAUGCUUGUACAGGUUGCGAAUUCAUGAAACUACUUCUGCUGACAAGACAUUUGCUGCUGGCUUGAUGCGUGUGUUGGAGCCAAUCACAACUGAAUACGACCAUCAAAUACGAGAAAUUCAACUCAGUCAAACCAAGCUUGCAGAACAAAUUGAUAAUCUUUCGAAGAAACUGGACCAAUGUAAAGAAGAUGCACAAUUUAUAAACGUUACACCCUACUUGCAGAAAUUAGCAAAUUCUCGGAAGAAAGUCAUUAACAUUUCGACCACACUGGGUCACAUUUCGGAUCGCUUGAAUAGACUCAACAAGCUUGCCAAACAAAAAUAUCCAGAGCUUGAACAACUUCGACAACAACGAGAGCGAAUGAAACAACAUACACCUACCACUCCUAAAUUGUCAUCAUCCCAACCACAAACAGAGGGUUUUAAUUCUUCUUUCUCAUCAUCAUCCACAACACCAUCAGAAAGCAAAGAGCUCUCAACCCCACCAUCCGAUUCAAACCUCCAACAACAAAACCCACCAGCAACAGCCACCGAGACUCCUCUCUCAUCUUCAAACCGUAACGAACAGCAAGUAGAAGCGUGGGCUCUGACAGAGCAAACGAGUAGUACUCCAAGGAAUGAAGCACAACAAGAGGAACAACAACAGCAAGAGCUAUCACAACAAGAGGAAGAAACACCAUCAGCCACGGAUGCAACCAAUAACAUCAGUACUGAAGACCAAUAA